AUGCUGCGCAAUCUCAUUUUAAUCACCCUCCUCGUCGCUUCUGGACAUGGACAGACGCCUGUAAUUGGCGGAACGUGUAAACUUGGAACUGCUGAUGUUCAAAUUGGAGGAAAACAGACACAGUUUUUCCUCAAGUGCGAGACGACAGCUGAUAGUGCCGAAGGUGAAGGUGUCUGGGUUGUGAAGUCGAGAGCCGCCGCCGCUCCUUCAUCAGUACCAUCUGUUCCAGCUGAAAAUACACAGCCACAACAACAUCCAAAAGCUCGUAAACCAGCUUCCCCGAACAUUUGUGAACAAGACAAUGGAGCCCGCGAGAGCGAGGUCUGUGCCGUUUCAGCCACCUGUCUUCAGGCUCAUAACGACUUCCCAUCUUCCUACCUUCAAUGUGACCAAACCACUCUCCGAUGGGUCCGCAAGUCGUGCCAAGAGAACUUCUUGUUCAACUUUGAGCAACAAACUUGUAUCGUUCCAAAGAGAAUGAGCUCUCUCUCCCCAUCAACAUCUUCCCCAUCUAACACUGAAAAUCCCUGCUCGAAAUGCCCACUGGGAUCAGCUUGCCGCAAUGGUAACUGUAUCCCUUUAACAACUUCAAAUUUGUGUUCUGAUGGUUCUCCUCCUAAUAAUACAUGUACUCGGGAUCCGUACUCUUGUCCCAAGGGACAUUUUUGUACCGCACAAAAAGUGUGUUGCCCUUCAACUGCAUUGCAAUCAUCAAUUGGAUGUUCGACGGUCUGCACAAUCGAUGAAUCGUGUCCAAAAGGAAUGACAUGCCAGAAUAACUGCUGUGAAGAAAGAAAACUACUACGACAUCCAAAAGUAUAUCGAUAUGCAACUGUAGAGGCAACAAAUACAAUAUUUGAAGUGGAUAAUGAUAUUUUUGAUAGUGCUGCAAUCGAAUCACUCCCAACUCAAAAACCGCAGCGACUAGAUGAAAUUAUGGCUCCAGGAAUCACACCAACUCCGACAAGAACCACUGAACCUCCAAAACUUCGAUGUUUGAGUAGUAACACGGACGAGGUCAAUUCAUUAGGCGGAGCAUCAUCAUCAUCUGCAACAUGUGGAGGAACAAAUGCGAAUUGUACUUCUGAUGAAGAUUGUCCAACAACCUUCAAAUGUUAUCAAGGUUGUUGUAAAUUGGCUGUAUGUCCGAGAAGUCUAACAGCCGUCAAAUUCACAUGUAAAACUCAAUAUCACUGUAGAGCAAAUGAACAUUGCUUUUUUGGAGGAUGCUGCCCAAAAACUAUCGAAUUAGCUGUGAUAAAAUCACAAGUUUUGACAAUGAGCAAAGACAACGAGCACACCAAAGAGACAGAAAAACUGAUAAUUGGAGACUGUGAAGUGGAUACCAGAGUUAAAAAAUGUGAUAUCGAUAUUAUAUGCCCAGAGAUGUCAGAAUGUGUAGAUGGAAUAUGCUGUAAGCAACCACCAAAGGCACGAUGUGGAAAUGGAUUGAUGGCUCUUUCGAUUCCAGUUCAUUGUUCUCUAUCAGAUGAUUGUCCAAUUGCUUCUAGAUGUGAAUAUGGGAAAUGUUGUCCGUUCCUCUCAGAAUCUGCGGAUUCCACUUCCGAUAGUGUCGGAGAAACCACGCCUGUAAUUAUAAAAGAAGAAAUAAUCUCAACAGCAACAAAAGUUUGGAAGAAAGUUGACAAAACCAGUGGUGUAUCGAUUAACAAAAAUAAAUGUUUAUCCACGCAAAGAUGUGAUUUACAUACUCUGUGCCCUCCCGAUUUCACUUGCUCACUGUCGGGCAAAUGCUGCAAACUGAACAUUCAUUGCCCAGACGGGACGGUUCCUGAAACUUCAUGUCAGUCUGCUAGUAAUCAUGAUCACUGCCCAUCAUCAUCUCACAAAUGUACUUUACUCAAUAAGGAACAUUUUGCAUGCUGUUAUAGUCCUGGACUUGUCGUCGAAGGAAGUGUAACAGCUGAGGUUUCCUCAGAAUGCCCCAUAGGAUCUGUUGAAGUUGAUCCAAGAUUCGGAACUUCCUGCCGAUACAGUUUGCAGUGUCCAUCUCCCUAUUUCUGUAAUCAACGGGGUCAACAAGCCAGCGGACUCGUGUGCACAUUCUCUAGCUGCUCCAACUCCAACCCAUGCUCCGUCGGAACUUGCAACAACGGAUACUGUUGCUCCAGUGGAUCCAACUCUGGCUCAGCUAUUAUUGAUUCUGACACCAACAGCACAACUAACCCGUCACAACCAGAAACCACAAAAACCAAAAAUAAUACGAAAAAGUCUAACUCUAGUAAAAAGCACAGAAAACCCAAAAAGAAAGACGUGGAUCCCCUCUCUGAUCCACUUCUUCAAAAUGAUUUUCCAAUCGGACCUCCUGGCUAUGGGUUCCCUGAACAUUUAUCCAACUUGGAUGAAGUUCUGAUAAGAGCUCAAGGAGAUGGUGUUUCUUGUGCCGGAGGUUUCCAGUCUUCCUUGAUCUGCUCUGUUGGUUCAGAAUGUCCAGCUGGAUUGCACUGUGAUACCGCUAUUAACCUCUGCUGUCCGCUUUUACUACCACUCACUGAUCCUAAGAACCCAAAAAAGAGAAAAACGAAGAGAAGAAAGCAAAAACAAGAUGAAAAUGAGAUGGAAGCUUCAGCAAACUUCCCAGAUUCAGAUCCUGCACGAUUUUCGUCUUACUCAUGUGGAUGCAUGGGCGGAGGAUCCAGCAACUGCGUCGGAUGCCAGAAUGCCCCACAAAUCAUCACUAUCCCACAAAACUCAUGCCCAGGAGGUGGAUACUCUGUCGGAGGAUGCAGCUCUGGAUAUUGUGCCACUGGAUACAGUUGCAUCCAAAACCAAUGCUGCCCAUCAUACAACUCUGCUCCAAGAAUCUCUGUCUACACCUGCCCAUCUGGAGGAAACGCUGUUGGAGCCUGCAUGUCUGGAAGAUGCGCUAGUGGAUACACCUGUAGCAACAACGUUUGCUGCCCACAGACCACCACCACUAACCCAUUCGUCUGCCCUGAUGGAACCCAAGCUGCUGGAGGAUGUGUGAACGGACAAUGCGGAACUGGAUACACUUGCUCCAAUGGACUUUGCUGCGCCGGAACAUCAACCACUGUCAAAUGUCUUGACGGAUCUGACGCCGUCGGAGCUUGCAUUCCAUCAUGCACCGGAGAUGGAUGCGGAGGAGUUCAAGUCUCAUACUAUUGCGGAUCUGGAUACACUUGCACCACCGGAAACAUUUGCUGCCCCAUCAACAGUUGUCCAAAUGGAGGAGAAGUUCUCGGCCCAACCAUCAAUGGACUUUGCCCAACUGGAUACACCGUUCAAGGAAACCUUUGCUGCUCUGCCACCUGUACUGAUGGAUCAACUGGUCUUCCCUCUGUCAACGGAGUUUGUAUCGACGGAUACUCCCUUACCAACGGAGUCUGCUGCCCAGCAAGUGUCACCUGUACCGAUGAGAUUUCCAUUGGCCCAUGCACAGGAACUGGAUUCAACGGAGGAUGCCCAGCCGGAUACGCUUGCGAUUCCAACCAAGUUAACUGCUGCCCAGUUGUCAGAUAUACUGAUGAGUCAUGCCAAGUCGGACCAGCUAUUGAUGGACUCUGCCCACCAGGAUACGUCGUUGUCUACAUUCCAAACAGUCCACUCAUCACCAACGGCGUCAAUCCAGGAACUUGUAUCGAUCUUCAGUGUACCACCGGACUUUGCCUCACUGCUAAUCAAAUCGGAGACUGCGACACAGCAACAGACGCCGGAACCUGCCCAACUGGAUACACUUGCUUCACGAACGCCGGAAUCUGUUGUUCUACCACUACUUUCAGCCGUCUUCGUAUUGGUAACUCUCGACAAAUGGCUCAAAAGCCAAACUAUGGACGUCCACUUCACAGUUAUAUGCCUCCUCGCUUCGGCGGACCAUCCUCUUCGUGCUCUGAUGGUUCACUCUCAUCCGGUCCGUGCAUGAACGGUCUUUGUGGAAUUGGACUCGAGUGUCAGAAUGGCAAAUGUUGCUCUCCAUCAUCGAACAAGCCAGCCGGACUUCUUCAAAGCAAAUGUCCAUCCGGUGACACCGCCGUCUCCGGAUGCUUCCCAAAUGGAUCAUGUGGAACUGGAUAUGAAUGUGUUUCUUCAUUAAAUCUCUGCUGUCCACCAGGUCAACCACAGACAUUCCCAUCAUUCCCGGGUAACAACAAUGGUUUCAACAUCAACAACAACAAUCGAUUCGGAUCAUUGUCGAUGUCGCCGCGACCCAUCGGCGCCCGUUGUCAGCUUGACGGCGAGUGCGUCGGACAAGCCGAGGGGCUUUCAAUGUGCCACGCUGGAGUUUGCCAGUGCUCUCCGAUCGCCUACACGCAAGGAAUCGCAUGCGUUAGACGAAAGUCUUUCCAAAUGAACGACGACCCAGUGAUCGACGCCGCCAACGACGACAAGUCAAGCAGCAGCGUAAGCGUGUGA